UUCUAUGACAAAGCAAGGGUGGCUGUGUGUUCCCUCCAGUUUCAGUGCCCCUAUUGACCUAAGAAGUCUUCUCUUCUUACAGAUGGAAUGAUCUUCUAAGACUGCAGAAUUUGCUCUGAUUUAAAGAUCAGCUGUCUCCCAUCAUACAUCCCAGGGCCAAGAUGAUGACGUUCUUCCUACAGACUUUUCUUCUAGCUUGCUUUGUAGCUACUAUACAGACCAAGAUCUAUGGGCGCUGUGAGUUGGCUCAUGUGUUGAAGAAGAAUGGGAUGGAUGGAUAUGAAGGUUACAGCCUAGCCAGUUGGAUCUGCAUGGCAUUUUAUGAAACUGGCUUUGACACCAACACCAUUGAUCGGCACAAAGGUGGCACCAAAGACUAUGGCAUCUUCCAUAUCAACAGUGGUUUAUGGUGUAAAGAAAACAAUGCCUUAUCAAAGGCCAUUUGCGACGUAGCUUGCUCAGAUUUGCUGAAUCCUGAUCUUGAAGAUGACAUCAACUGUGCCAAAAUGAUUGUGAAAGACUCUACUGGCAUGGCUGCCUGGCAACAGUGGAAAAAGCACUGUGAAAACCAAGAUAUGAAAAGGUGGAUAAAAGGAUGUAAAGUUUGAAAAUG